GCUACCAGUCCCUGUCAUCCCUUGGCCAUGAUUUUUAACAUUGCAGUCAAGGAGCCAAUGAACAAAACAUCAUUCGCAAUGUAUGGUAACAUCUAAAAUGCGUUUGAUAAAGUUUCAGAAUUGUACAUUUAUUUUGAACCUCUGGGAACCGUAAGGAGGAAGAAGCCCAUAAAGCAUGACUCGCCCACCCCCUCAGCGGACAAACAAUGAAAGACAUGCCUGAAAUAUAAAGCGCCCCCAGAGCAUCGGGGUGGGGGGCAUGCUGGCCUUGAAUUGUUGAUACUCCGCUUGUGGGGAGAGUCGCUGGGUCUUACAGCUUCCCACAGUAUCCCCUCCAAUUUCCUGUUCCGGGCUGCUGGCCUCGUCUCAGCACUAACCGGGACGGUGCAAAGCUGGCUGCUGCGUGUGAUGAUCUGAAGCUCAGCAGGCCGAAGGGGCGAUGAGGAGUGGUGCUAUCCUGAUCAUCUUCCUGGGCAGUGUCGCAGGCGGAAGCGCCGGGUUUAACCAGCCCGGGCACCCCAUCGACGGUGGGCCCUUAAUGCCGGAUGCCGGCCCCGAGGCCGAAGACUGCUUCUGUCACCUGACGGGUGUCUUGGAUGACUGCUUCUGUGAUAUAGAAAGCAUUGAUGAUUUCAACAGCUACAAGAUCUUCCCUAAACUACAGCAAUUGCUAGAAAGGGAUUACUUCAGAUAUUAUAAAGUUAAUUUGAAGAGACCUUGUCCCUUCUGGUUAGAUGAUGGGCAUUGCUCGAUUAAGGACUGCCAUGUCAAGCCUUGUUCGGAGAGUGAGAUUCCAAUUGGGAUUAAAGCAGCUAAUUUCAACAAAUUUUCUGUGGAAACAAAUACAGAUGAAGAUUUGCAAGACUGUGAGGAAGCAAAUAAGCUUGGUGCUGUGAACAGCACAUUGAGUAACCAAACAAAAGAAGCUUUUAUUGACUGGGCAAGAUAUGAUGAUGCACAAGACCACUUUUGUGAACUUGAUGAUGAAUUAUCGCCUGACGCUGAAUAUGUGGAUCUCCUCCUGAAUCCGGAACGUUACACUGGAUACAGGGGACCAUCAGCUUGGAGGGUGUGGAACAGCAUCUAUGAAGAGAACUGCUUCAAGCCUCGAUCUGUAUAUCGUCCUCUGAAUCCACUGGCACCUAGUAGAGGAAAUGACGAUGGCGAGUCUUUCUACAAGUGGUUGGAAGGUCUAUGUCUUGAAAAGAGAGUAUUUUACAGGCUGAUUUCUGGGCUUCAUGCUAGUAUCAAUCUACACCUCAGUGCAAAGUAUCUCCUUGAUGAUGGGUGGGGAAGAAAUAAAUGGGGACCAAACUUAGAAGAAUUCCAAUCUCGGUUUCAUCCUACUGAGACAAAAGGAGAAGGUCCAAGAAGGUUGAAAAACCUCUAUUUUUUGUACUUAAUUCAACUAAGAGCUUUAUCUAAAGUAGCUCUAUAUUUUGAACGUUCAAUUGUCGACUUAUACACUGGAAAUGCAACAGAAGAUGCAAUUACCAAAAAGCAGCUGCUGGAAGUUCUCGAGGAAACCAAGUCAUUUCCUAUGCAUUUUGAUGAAAAGUCCAUGUUUGCAGGCAACAAGAAAGAAGCUAAAACACUCAAGGAGGAAUUCAGACUUCAUUUUAAAAAUAUCUCCCGUAUAAUGGAUUGUGUUGGAUGUGACAAGUGCAGAUUAUGGGGUAAACUUCAGACUCAGGGUUUGGGUACAGCUCUAAAGAUUUUAUUUUCUGAAAGGGAGAUCAAGAAUCUUCCUGAGCGGAGUCCUUCAUCAGGUUUUCAGCUCACCCGACAGGAGGUUGUUGCUCUUUUGAAUGCGUUUGGCAGGCUUUCAACAAGUAUUCAAGAAUUACAGAAUUUCAAAAUGCUGUUAAAGGACAAGAGGUAACAAAUGCUGUGGAGACGACCAAGAUGGGUGCUGGGUAGAGACUGUAAUUAUUGUCCUGAUCCCUGGCACUUGAUGAAAAUUCGAGUUCUUCAGGGAUUCAUUAGCUAUCUGUUACACACUUUUACAGUAUUGCAUUGGCUUGGACUAUAUUGAAUGAAAGAGAUGAAUUUGGUUUGGUAAUAGCGUGUACCCUUUUGCAUUUUAUUUGAUAGUGUUUCUUUGUGAUCAUGGUUUUAUUUCUAGUCAACUAACCACGUGUUGGUAAUAUUUGAAAUCAAAUAACUUCAAAGCCUUAUUCAUUAAGAAAAUUAUAAACUGAACAGUUCUAGGUUUGUCUGCACUAAUCUAUUAAAAUUCAAGCAGAAUUUUAUUUUUAACUCCAGUGGCGUGAGGGUCUUCCUGGAGCUUAACUGUGUCAGUAUUGCAAACUAAAUGUUUUUGGGCAGUACUUCAGUAUUUCAGAUCAAUGUCUAAAAAUUUUAAUGAACGUGUUAAAAUGAUCAGAUUCCCUUCAAAAAUAACCCCUGAUAUUCUAGCGUGCCUGACUGUCGAUUAUCAUUUUUACAUUAAGGACAAGAUUUUUGUAAUUUAAAAAAAAAUUAAAAAUAAAAGCAACUGUUCAAAAAAUGUAAUUUGAACUGCGGCAUAAUGUGCUACAUGGGCUUUUUAGAAAAGAUCGUGUAUAGAUAAAUCCUGUGGAGAAAUGGGAACAGUUUCUGAAUGUUGGUAAUCUGCGUAAUUAACACACGGUUCUGAGACCACUUCAGAGAACACUGAGUGUGUCACAGGGAUCUUUUGGAAUUCUUCAGAUGUGAAAUAGAAGAAAUAUUUCUAUUGCAAUUUGGUACUUCUAAAUUACAAACUUCUUCAAAUCAAAAAGCAAUAAUAUUUGAGUACAGAUAUUCUUCAUAUUUGCUUUCUAUGCAGGGUAGAUGUCAAUAUGUAAAUUUGAUUCCAAUGUAUGUAUGUUUGUUUGUUUUUUUUAAUUUUAUAUUUUAGUAUCCUGUGUUAAGUAGGUUACCCUCUGAAUUGACCAAAUAUAGCUGCCUCACUGGCUGGCGUACUUGAGGAGCAGUAAUCAUUUGGAAGCAAGGAUCAAAGCAAUGUGACUGGUGUGUUUUAAAAGCUACUUGUGGGUAAACACAAGUUAUUGUUGGAUCAUCUGCAGCAAGGAUUUAUCACAAAUAAUAGUGACCCUACUUUGUUGUGUUACCUGUACUUUUGUGCCUGUAUGUUUGUGUUUUAACCUCUUGAUGGUUACUGAAACUGUUCAGCCAUUGUACUGUUGGUGUGAAACUUUUGCCUGGUCCACUUGAACACAUGCUCAAAAAAUUACUAUAAAAGUUUGAAAAGGUUUAUACCAUUCAUAAGUUAUUACAUGUAUACCUUGCUCUUUUAAAAAUUUGUUGAUUGAAUCUAUUAAUUCUUUCUAUCGAUAAACUAAUACUACAAACUUUAUCAGUUGAACUGAGUAUUCUUCAAUAUGUCUAGAUUAUUGCUUCGUCGAGCCUGGCCAUUGUGGCACAGGGAGUCAAUAAGUCAUUUGACCUCAACUACUCCGGGCUAUUCAUUCUACCCGUUAGCCUAUAUUUCCAUGAAGCAUACAGCACAGGCUAUUUUUCCCCAUCUAAUUCUUGUCCAAAGUUGUGCAGCAAAAGAGCUUCCCUCUCUUUUUCUUCUGAUCUAAUCAUUGUAUUUUUACUUGCACAUGUAUCAUAAAGCAAUCACCCAUUGUGAUUAUAAUGCACAUCAUAUGCUAAACUAAGUCAGUCAUCCAGGCAACAGUAGGAAUAUGAUGGUCAUUAUUAAAUUCAGUAAUGAAUUCAGAAGAAAGGACAUGGAGCAGGAAGAUGAUUGGAAAGAGAGCUGCACAAUGAGUCAUCCAGGUGAAUAGCAUGAAUAUAUUUAAGGGGAUGCUAUUCAAGUAAUAAAAGGUUGCCUUAAUGAAGUGAAAUAUAAUUAAGUGGGAGGUAAUGUGGAUCAAGGCAUGUUUAAUUAAUGAGAGAUGAAGCCUGCUUCUCUUCCUUGUAUUCCUUCUUCCUGAGGUACAUGUCUACCUCUCCUUCAAUGCAUUUAUGCUGUUCACCUCAACCAUUCCAUUUGGAAAUAAUUUCCACAGUCUGGUUAAAGAGGUUGCUCAAAUUUCUUUAUCAGUGACCAUUUUAUUUAUCAUUUCUAAUUUUGACCUCCUUCAUAAAUGCAUACAUCUGCUGUAUCUAGGAAGUAUGGCCAAUCAGGCAACAUCUCCAUUAGAGAAUGGUACACUGAGAACAGCAAAAGUCUGCUCUUUAAAAAGAAGUAAUUGGAACGGCAAGAAAAAUUACAGAAAAAUCAAGUUUUAAAUGGAAUGCUAGUCUAUAGUGAUGAGCUUAGCCAUUUUUUAAACUUAAUUUUGUUCCAAAAAUUUUUUAUCUUCUUUAUUACAACCCUUGAUCUACUUAAAACAAGUUGUUAAAUAAACCUUUUCUUUUCCAAAUGGCACAGAUUGAUUCUAAAGAAUGGGAGAAUUCAUGUCGGUUCAGGCUACAAUUGGAAGUGUCCAUUUUCUCCACUUACGAUCAUCUAUCCUAGAUCAUUCAAUUAAUCAUUUAUGGCAAUCCUUAAAAUGAUCAGCUGUGGUUUGAAAUGUGAAAACAAAAUCUUCUGUUUGGAGAAGCAAGUUGCUGAAGUCAUCUAUAAACUUAAUAGUGGGCAGAUAAUAUAAAUAGGUGGCAAUGUACUGAGAAGCACCUGAACAAUUUAACAGUACGCGCACAAAAUUUUCAAUAUGAAAUUUAAACAAGCAAAUGCAACAUAUGUUAUUAUUAGUUUGCUUAAGUCAUCAAUUUGGCAAGCAAACCAGAUCCUGAAAUGUCUUUCUGUAGUCUUUUGCAUCAUUUAGAUUCAGUUGGAACUAGUAAUGAAGGGACAUUGGAGAAAUUACAAUGUGCAGUUUUUAAUUGAUUUUGAUGUUCCUUGGAGAACAGCAGGAAUCUGAGUAAGAAUAUAUUUGCUCUAAGUUGCAGCAGAUUCAACAAAAAAACACUGAUCACUAAUUUGUUUUGAAUACUUGCAAAUGCUGACUGGAAUAACCUGAGCACUGUGAACCAAGCUUUCGUUUCCUUUGUGCAACUCCUGCUUCACAAUUCUUGAAAGGAAAUGUAAGAAGCUAUCACCUUUAGCUGCAGAUGCUGCACCAAGUUGUUCUUUCUGACUUUCCUUUGCAUGAGCAGCACUAAUAUUUUGGUGCAUCUAUACCCUGCCUUAAGCAAUGUGACAAAACUGAUUGUAAUUUUUUUUUAAAUUCUUUGAUCACUAGUUGCCUGUGUUCCAAACCUUGAUGAGUUGAUUUAUUUUUCCUGGUUAUUAUGUACUGUAUGUCUGUUCAGCAUAAAAAUUGAAAUUGUUUGGAAAAUAUUUAAUCGCACUUCUUGUGUUUACUGCACUUGUAAGAUGUAUUUAUUUAAAAGAAAAAUUAAAUUUUCCUCACUGUCCACUUUGAAAACUGAUACCUUGUUUUAAGAAGCAUUGCAUGUUGAAGGAUCUAUAUUACAAGCAAUAUGAUGACAUUUCAUUGUUCAUUUCAAGAUGCAUGUAACUUUAUGAAUUCAUAUAGUUUUGAACAUUGUUCCUUUUGCAGUAAUAAACUGGAAAAUUGUG